AUGGAUGCGCCGUCUAACCUCCCACAAUCCGGCGAUUCGAAAGCCCGAUCCCAAAUACCCUCUCAGGUCCGGUCCGGCGAUGACUCCCAGAUCUUGCCCACCGCCAACCCGCCUGCCAUGCCAGGGUCGGCGCCGCAUGCCCCGCAAAAAUCCCACGCCACCGGGCCAGGCACCACCCUCCACGGAAAGAAACAGCUCGUCUCUAAUAAUGCCAAAGUAGCGAUUCCUCGCCAGCGCGCGGGAACCACCCCGCGGUAUAGUCGACGCGUGCCCUUGGCGUGCGAAUCCUGCCGUGCGCGAAAGACCAAGUGCAGUGGCGACACCCCAGUUUGUCGGCAGUGUAAGGAGCUCCGCGUCGAAUGCAAAUAUCCAGUCUCAUGGAGGGAGCGAACUAAGGGGGAGUUGAAAUCUCUUUCCGCGAAGACGAACGAGUAUGAAGCGCUCCUGAAAGAAAUCGGCACAUUUGUUGAUGGUCGGACAUCCGAGCGCAUCCGGAAUACGCUAGAGAAGUUUGGAGUGAACGGUGAAAGCUCCUCGACCCCUUCCCAACAGAACUCGGUCACGCCCCAGGACGAAGACGCCUCCGUGGAUGACGCUAGCUAUCCCUCAUCGAUCGGGUCCCUGGAAGCUAUCGACAGGGUCGAUGAAGAUCUGAAUCGAACGGCAAGCUCAAGGGCCACCGGCUAUAUGGGGAAGAACUCCGAGGUGACAUGGCUGCAGAGAUUGCGACGGGAGGCAGAGCAGCGGUCGAGGAAGUUGUCUGGGACGUAUGAAACUGAGCCUGAGGGUGAAUUCGCACUUCAUUCUAUGAACUAUCACCUGGAUGAUAUGGACAUUUCGGUCCCAGGCCCGGUUCACGCAUACCAGAUGCCUCCACGCCAUAUCGCGGAUAGGCUUUUCGAAGACUAUCUGGAAACGAUUCAUCCGUUCUUCCCCAUAAUCAGCCGCACACUAUAUCGAACACAGUAUGCUACCUUUGUUGAUAGCGUUGCACGACCUGGCGAUAAGUGGCUAGCCAUUUUGAAUAUGAUAUUCGCUAUCUCCGCCAAGCAUGCCCACCUCCGCCAGGCUCCCUGGCGUGGCGAAGAAAAUGACCACUUGGUGUACCUGACUCGUGCUCGCAUCCUUAGUAUGAAUGGUGAUGUCCUGUUCAGCCACCCUGAUCUCCAGCAGGUGCAAGUGGAAGGGCUGAUCGCUUUCUAUCUUCUUGCUUCGGAUCAAAUAAACAGGUCCUGGCGCAUCACGGCCCUGGCGGUUCGCUCUGCUGUAGCUCUCGGGCUCAAUAUGAAGAAUACUAGUGAACACACCGCCGGGAUCUCGAAAGAGGCUCGUUACCGUGUUUGGUGGUGUCUUUAUGCAUUCGAACAUAUGCUUGGGGUCAUGACAGGUCGUGCCUCGUGUAUUUCGGAUGGGAUCUGUACAACACCCUUACCGCUCCCCUUCGACGAGGACCAACUCCGAGAGCCAGUGGCUGCAAAGCUCCUCGAUGACCUUGAGUUACGCCAGGAAUGUGUGGACUCAGCCCUGGCGUGCAACUAUGUUCGGCAAGUGUCUCUGAACCCUCCAGGUGGUAGGGAUGCCAAAUAUACGGACAAGACGCGGGACACCUCGUGGCUGAAGAGCGUGCCUUGUAGUCGCUCGCUUGUCUUCCUCUAUUACAUGGACUUGUCAGUCAUUUCUCAAGAAAUCGUGAACAGGGUGUAUUCUCUGGAUUGCAUGAUGACUCCAUGGGCACACAUUGAGAAUCGGAUGGGAGAACUGAGGGCUCGAAUUGACCUCUGGUUUUCAAACUUGCCAGAGUCACUCAACUUUACCCGGACGGACGACCAAGGGCCGGAUUUACUUCGUUCGAGGCUCUUUUUGGCCUUCAACUACUACAGCGCGCGAAUUACUCUGGGGCGUCCGUGCCUGUGCCGUCGCGAUGCGCGACAGCAGGCAGGUCCAAGUCAGACAACUUUUAGCCAUGACAUGGCAGUGAGCACUCUGGAGUCUGCACGGCGCAUGUUCGACCUUGUUCCUGAUGUGCCAGAUGCCCUGCGCCUCUACAGCAUUUGUCCCUGGUGGUGCAUCCUGCAUUACUUCAUGCAAGCGACAACAGUGCUCCUCCUCGAGCUAUCUUUCGGGAGCGUGCACAUGCCGGAGGAGGAGAAUAACAUGCUAGAAGCAUCGAAGAAGGCCAUCCGGUGGCUCUUUGCGAUGUCACAGUGCAGUCUCGCUUCGCGACGCGCAUGGGAGUUGUGCGACAGUAACCUUCGCCGGAUCGCGGUGGGCAUGAACUACGAUCUGAGCGACAUGCCACCCGCAUCUGAGUCGGCAACGAAGUCGGUCGACUCCGUUGAUGCGGAAAAUGUCGACCCGGUUGCUCGCCAGACUAACGUCACCCCGGCGUCGGUUCUACUCAAUCCAGCUGACCCCCUCAGCCAGCCGGUCGUCGCUGCAACCCAGCCUUCGGACCCUGGCGUUCAGUAUAAUCCGACCCAACCACCUCUAUACUCUGGCUUUCCGACCUCGUUCAACCCCUCUCCGUCUACCUUUGACAUGGCAACGGAUGUCGAUGCCUACUUCCCGUAUGACCCGAUCAGCGGAGAGUUCAUCCGGUCCUUCUUCCCAGCUUCCACUGACGAAGACCCGUGGGAGCAACCAUGA